GAAUUAAUAUCGCAUUAUUUAAUUCAAAUAUUCAUUUCUAUUCGUUCCUGUCAUGGAGGCAAAUCGACAUGGACUCCCAUACAUCCACCCAGCGCAACCAUGCCAGUCCUCAAGAACCUCCCAUCUCGGCUGAAGGGAGGCAGGUUUAGCGUGGAUUUGGAGACUACACGGAGCGAGUUCAUUCUCAGAAAAAUGAGCCUUAACCACAAUCCAUUCGAGGAGCCUGGCUCAGAUGAGGACUGGCCCAGAAGUAACGGGGGCUCACUGCUGGAUGGACGUGUGCCCCGGGACAGAAAUCCGUUUGAGGAUGAGGAAGAUGAGAAUGAGGCCAAUGAGGUGCGACGUGGAGGAUCAGGGAAGGGAGGCUCCAUCAAAGGCACACUGGAGCGCAUGAAGGGGGUCUCGCCCCUCAAGACUCUGGGCAAACUGGGAAAGAACCUGCGCCUGUCUAGCAGGAGCAAAGGCAGGGAGACUCCAUCCCCACAGGGCUCUAUAGGUUCUGCUUCGCCCAUGGAGAGGAAGAAGAAGGGCAGACGGAGUUCAGAAGGGAGCUUACUUCGAAUGGCCGGGAGGUGUAAAGAUCGCAAGGAGAGUUUGACCAAUGGCGACCUUUGUUCAGAAACUGAUGCUGACUCCACUAGUCGUCGUCUCUCCUUGAAGAUGGUGGGCAAGGGCAAGAUGAAAAGGGAGUCCCAGGAUCAUUCAUCACAGGGACCUGAGGAAGAGCCGGUGGAGGAGGUGCCCGAGGUCAAACCCAGAGAGCCACUGUCAGUAUUGGAGAUCCUGCAGUUGGUGACUAAACGUGAUUUGUUUUUGGCUGACACUCACAUUCUGGAGCUGGAGCAGGAGUGCAGAGAGGCUGAAUCUCCAACAGCAGGAGGCACUGAGGACUUCAGCAGCCCCAGCAGCAAAGACAGCAGUCGGCGCAAAGCCAAAGAUGUGGAGCUGCUGUAUGAGGCGCUGCAGAAAGAGCUGUGGGAUGUGGUGAGGGAUUCUCUGCGCUGCCCCACCGCUGGGCCAAACCUGGGCCUGGUGGUGCAGGUGCUUCAGCAGGAAGAGCAGGCCGAUCGGGACUGGGCUCAGAGCGAAGGAGCCGCUCCUGGAGGUCCACGACCCAGAGAGUUCAAGAAGCGCUGGAAGGAGGCAGUCGUUGAGUUGGCCGAUGCAAACUUACCCCAGCAUGCAGAAGCUCGGGCAGGUGAGCUCGCCGCCUUUCUGGAUAAACUCCGAGUGCGUAUGGUGGAGGACCUUGGAGCGGCCCGCCGUAACGCGGUGUCUGUAUAUCCUGCCGAAUAUGACUCCUUCCAAGUGUACACACAGAGCUACCAUCAGGCCGUGACCCGCCGACUCCAGGCUCUCACCAACGGAGAUCUGCAGAUCGCUGACAUAUACUCGCUGCUAGACUGGCUCUACAACAUUUAUAACAGAGAUGUCCUUGGAACAGUCACUAUAACAACACCCAUUAACCUCUCGCAGCUCGGCCCGCUGCUGCCCACAGAGACGGUGGACAAACUGGAGCUCGACUGCCUCAACUCCGUCAGGGGGAAAGUGACCAAUGAGCUCUCUCAGGUUCUGGAGGAGGAGGAGAAGAGAUGGCUGGACACCCUGAGCAUCGAGGAGUAUCAGAUACCCCUGGCCCGCACAGUUAUUCAGAGGCUACAGGAGGACCUUGAGAGAUCUGCAGCUGUAAACAGACAUUUGGGUUCACGGGUUGCACAGUGCAGUCUCAAUGGACUGGCAGAUUUCCUGUACAGUUUUCAGAGGAAGGUGGAGAUGUUCCACGAGAUGCUGGUGAGCAGCUUUGGAGAAAACGAAGACGGUUACAUCGCUAAAACCAUCGCCCUUGCCAACUGCUGUCCAUCGUUCAGGAGCUUUGUGCAGCGUUGUGGCCAGUGUGACCCCUCGACCAGCGAGGACUCUAUCCGUCGUGCCAACAGCGCUCUGGACAGGAUAGUCAACUUGAGUGUGCGAGUGCUGAACGACAGGCUUUUCGAGCAUAUCAGGCCCUUCUUUGAUAAGCUGAUUAAACGGAAAUGGCUGAGCAACACUGAGCCUUUUGAGCAGAUUGAGGCACUUAUUAAAGAGCACUUCAAGAAGUUUCGCAGGAUGGACAACCCACCUUAUGAGGUCCUUGUGGUGGAGGUGCACCGGCGUGUGAUGACUGAAUAUGUGCGGGCCAUCAUGAGGGGCAGAAUCAUCUGCACAUCUCUCAAAAUGAGGAAGAGGAUGGCUGGACGCCUUCGGGAUGAAGGAAAGCACCUAAAAACGCUCUUCAAAGAGCUGGAAUCCUCAGCCUCCUGGCUCGACAGCGCUAUUCCCCACCUAUCAGAGAUCAUUCUCUUGGAAGACACUCCCUCCAUCCAGAUGGAAGUUGGCGUGUUGGUACGGGAAUUCCCGGACAUACGGAGGAAGCACGUCUCUGCCAUACUCAACAUCCGCGGAAUGACCCGACAAACUGAGAGGCAGGAGAUCCUGAAUAUAGUGAAAGACAUCGAGAACAGCGACAGCGUGGCACGAGUGUCCCGAGACAGGGCUCUGUUCGCAGAAGUGGCGGUGACGUCAGAAGUUCACUGUCUAAAUCUAGGCCUGAGCCGCGUGGCUCUCACUGCCUCCAACCUCUUCUCCAGCAUGCGGAGAAGAAGGACUCCGGCCAGGGAAAACCACGACGACGUGCUGUAAUGCGUCCCACAGAGCACUGGAACAAUGAAUUUACUAAAAAGUCUGCAAGUGGUGUUGUCUUUUCAAUAGGGACAUCGACCCAAAUAUGGACAUCGUAGAGAGAUGUUUGAAACUGGAUACCUGAAAAAAAUGACUCUACAGUUGGCAUUACUACAACUGUUUUUGCACAACUAACAUUGCGAAGGCUUGUGUGGAUGACAGUUGCACCAAAAACAUAUUGGCACUUUAGGCACACUUUAAAAUGGUGUGAAUGUGUCUGCGUUAUAUAGCGAAACAAGUGUCAUACUGUAAAAAAACAACAUCCCAGGCUCAUUUUUGAUAUGUACCCCUGCAUACAUUUCUGGACAGCAUGAAAUAGAUCCCAGGAGCUAUGUAAUUUGCAGUUUUUGUUUUCACGAAUCCACCACUAGAGGCCGCUGUGUACGUAUUUUCAGAUCUCAAAUUUCUCUCGCGAGUGCCAUUCGCUCCUGCUGUUCUCGUGUAAGUCCACCAGAGGCCGCUGUCGACUCACUGAUUGACUGACUGACUGACUGACCAACCAAUCCCCCAUCCAUCGCCUACCCUAAACCCAAUGAUAGUGUUUUCAAAAGCACUGAUUGACCCGAUCACCCCUUCACUAAACUCAAUCAACAGUGUUUUCAAAAGCAAUCUAGAAAAAGAAAAGUCCUCACGGCCACCUAAUUUUCACAGCGUUUUUCACAUCUUACAACGUACUUACCCUGUUAUUUACUUGUUUAUUUUAUAUUUUCCUUUUGUUUUACCUGCUGUCUGCAACCAUUCUUCACCAGACUCCAACCCCAUUGUCACGGUCAACUCCUCUCCGCGUCUCCAAGCCUGCCAACUUGCGUGGUGAGCCACCGGACAAACUGGUAACAGCGGAAAAGCCAAGGUAAGCGGUCAGCUGGUAGUGUGAAAUAAAACAGGAGCCAUCAGUGGUGUCAUACCACCCUGUAGCGUUCAUUUUAAAGAUGACAAUAAAUGCAAAUAUUCAGAAAUGCCUGAAACGUAACCAAACGUAGCUCUGGCUACAUAAUUCGGGCUCUCCAGACAUGCAUACGGGGGUAUGUUUUCACAAUGAGCUUGUGUUGAAAAAAAGCACAAUUUCAAGUAUUUUACAAAUUAGGUUUGUAUGGUUUUUACGAACACAUAAUGGAUAUACUGUUUGAAAUGACAACUAAGAGUGACAUUUUGGUUGAUUAUUGUAAUACAAAAAAUGUGUUUGUACAUGAGGACUUGAGAAAAUAGUUCUCAAGAAAGGUCGUGCAGCAUUUCGUUUCUAAAGGUCCGUUCACACCAAGAAUGAUAACUAGACUUUACUAAUUGAUCAGUUGUUUUAGGUAAAUUAUGACCGUGAAUUAAGAGUUUAUUCUCUCAUUUUAUUCAAUCGUCGCCACUAAUGUUUGUUCAGUUGUUUUAUCUGAAUGUGGUAUAUACACAGCUAGGGUUUGAAGCCAAUGAAAGGUUUAUGUGACUCUUUUCAAUUUCAUAAGGUUCCUUUUAUAGCAUCGAAGUUGCAAUGUAAUUAAAAUACAAUCAGUUAAAUAUACUUAAGCGUUCAUUUAGUUGUUCAAGUGUAUAACGAGAUGAAAGACUGUGUAAAUGCAAGUGCUGUCAGUAGCAGCAGGGAGCGCAGAAACUCCUUUAAAAUACUGGAGUAAAAUACAUUUCCGGCGACGCAGUGGCGCAGUAGGUAGUGCUGUCGCCUCACAGCAAGAAGGUCGCUGGUUCAAGCCUCGGCUGGGUCAGUUGGCGUUUCUGUGUGGAGUUUGCAUGUUCUCCCUGCGUUCGCGUGGGUUUCCUCCGUGUGCUUCGAUUUCCCCCACAGUCCAAAGACAUGCGGUGCAGGUGAAUUGGGUAGGCUAAAUUGUCCAUAGUGUAUGUAUGUGUUUGAAUGAGUGUGUAUGUGUUUUCCCAGUGGUGGGUUGCGGCUGGAAGGGCAUCCACUGUGUAAAUAGAUGUGCUGGAUAAGUUGGCGGUUAAUUCCGCUGUGGUGACCCCAGAUUAAUAAAUGGACUAAGCCGAAAAGAAAAUGAAUGAAUGAAUUUCCAUAUUUUAAAGACAUGGCGAGGGAAAAUGGAAUUUAACGCAGUGCUUCUGAUACACACUUUAUAUCGUAUAUUAAUCAGGUAGUGAAGGUCGGUGAUUUUUUUCGGUGAUUUCCCUUUUGACAAUCGUACAGUUACAGACUGAACUCUUACGAAUUAGCCACUAAACUGACAAAACGUAAUAUAGUUACAUUUCCUUGUGAGGUCAGGCUGGCAAUUUUGUAUUGGUGCGACAGUUGACCAGCUGACUGAAAAUUAAAAGUCCUCCUGCAUAUACCCCAUUGACGUCACAAAUGAACGUUACAUUUUUAGUGAAUCAUUGACUCAAAUUCAUUUGUUCACUUGUUUUUGGUAAAUUGUGUCUGCAAAUUCAUUAGUUUUCUUAUUUUAUUGAUUCAUUGCCACUGUUUAGCAAUUCAUUCACAUAUUUUUGUUACAUUUUGACCUGGAAUUAAGAAUCAAUAAUUGUUGUUAUUGUUCCUGGUGCGAACAGACCUUUAAAAAGUGAAUUUCAUACAUCUGGUGUAUUUUAAAAUGUUAAUAAUUUUCAGGGCCGCAAUAUAUAUUUUUGUGGAAUUGAUAUAUUAUGAUCUAAAUUUAUAGUGCAAACAUCUCUAGUCUUAACGGAUCUUAAAUUGCAGGGGUCCCAAGUGUGUGUAUUGUAAAAAUCGUAACUACUGAUUGUAACACUGCUCUGAUUCGAGUUGUUUUGUUCUUAAUCAUAUAUUUUUUCACUUUGGCUUUUGUGACGAUAACUGAUAGGAAUGAAAUUUGACUCUUUUCUCUUUUAGUUGCACAUGACUGAAGACUGAUUUUAAGGUACUAAGCAAUUGCAGUUAUCUUUAAUCUCUCAAUUGUUUUUAUCCUAUUUAAGUGGAUGAUUUUGUGAUCCAUUCAUCCUUUAGCUUGUCAAGAAAGAUACAUGUAUUUGAUUAUUCAGAUUUACCUGUGAAAGGAAAAUCAAGAGAGACUAUUUAUGUAUUGCAAGUCUUAUUUAUUGCACCAGUAAUUUCAUUCAGCUGUAUACAAAAACAACCCAAAUAAAUAACUACAACCCUUAAAUAGAUAUUUAUAUAUCAAUUCCCUAAAUACUGAUGGACAGAAUCAUUCAAAUAACAUUUGUGGAUUGUAUAUUUCUGUGCCACUGAGUUUGUCUGUUGAAAAUCUCAUAUUUCAUCUAACGUUUCAUCUAUUCAGCGUAUAUUUGAGGAGUCUGUAUAUGAGCGACAUGGAAAAGAAAUCAACCGAACAACAUUUCAGUAAAUUUUAGGGUACUCCGAAUUAAGCUACAGUAUAAAUGAAAGAUGUUGACGUAAACUGAUAUUUUGGUUGUAAGUGGAAAAUUUAUUUUACUGUGUACAUAAUAAAUCAUGUAGUAAUAAAAGGA